CUGAGCCAGUAUACUCGACCAUUAGGGUACUGGUAGGGUGGAAGCGAAUCGAAGUGAGUUUUGGUGAGUUCGAACGACACAUGCGAUGAUAUAGUUGUCGGUGUAAGCCACUACCCAUGGUCUUCGUUUAAUUCCGUACCAAGUGUUCCAUCCGAUUUUGACCUGAGCAAAACCUGCAGAAAUGGCCAUGCAGUCGUUCAAGAAACGCGUCUGUUAUUACUAUGAUAGUGAUAUUGGAAAUUAUUAUUAUGGUCAAGGACAUCCUAUGAAACCACAUCGUAUAAGGAUGACGCACAAUCUACUCUUGAACUAUGGUCUUUAUAGAAAAAUGGAGAUAUAUCGACCUCAUAAAGCUACAGCAGAAGAAAUGACAAAAUUCCAUAGCGAUGACUACAUCAGAUUUCUAAGAUCAAUACGGCCGGACAAUAUGGCAGAGUACAACAAACAGAUGCAACGAUUUAAUGUGGGAGAAGAUUGCCCUGUUUUCGAUGGCUUGUACGAAUUUUGUCAAUUAUCAGCUGGUGGAUCUGUAGCUGCCGCUGUGAAACUCAACAAGCAAGCCUCAGAAAUUUGCAUUAAUUGGGGCGGUGGCUUACAUCAUGCAAAGAAGAGCGAAGCUUCUGGUUUUUGCUAUGUAAAUGAUAUUGUACUUGGGAUUUUGGAACUGCUAAAAUAUCACCAGAGAGUUUUGUACAUCGACAUUGACGUUCAUCAUGGCGAUGGUGUAGAAGAAGCCUUUUAUACAACCGACAGAGUGAUGACGGUCUCAUUUCACAAGUACGGCGAGUAUUUCCCCGGAACAGGAGAUCUUCGCGAUAUAGGGGCAGGAAAGGGAAAGUACUAUGCAGUUAAUAUACCUUUGAGGGAUGGUAUGAAUGAUGAAAGUUACGAAUCAAUAUUCGUCCCUAUCAUCUCUAAAGUGAUGGAGACAUUUCAACCUUCCGCUGUUGUUUUACAGUGUGGAGCAGAUUCAUUGACAGGCGAUCGAUUGGGAUGCUUCAAUUUAACUGUGAGGGGCCAUGGUAAAUGCGUAGAAUUUGUGAAGAGAUACAAUUUACCUUUUCUGAUGGUAGGAGGUGGUGGUUAUACCAUCAGAAAUGUGUCUAGAUGUUGGACAUAUGAGACAUCGGUGGCUCUCGGAUGUGAUAUUGCUAAUGAGCUGCCAUACAACGAUUACUUUGAAUAUUUCGGGCCUGACUUUAAAUUGCAUAUUAGUCCUUCAAAUAUGACAAAUCAAAACACUUCUGAAUACCUUGAUAAAAUUAAAACAAGGUUGUUUGAAAACCUGAGAAUGCUACCUCAUGCACCUGGCGUACAAGUUCAGGCAAUACCAGAGGAUGGUGCCAUAAUCGAAGAGUCGGAAAUUGAAGAAAAGGUUAAUCUUGAUGAAAGACUGCCUCAGCGUGAUUUAGAUAAAAGGAUACAACAUGAAAAUGAGUACAGUGAUAGUGAAGAUGAAGGUGAAGGUGGACGAAGAGAUAACAGAUCAUACAAGGGAUCUACGAAGCGGCUACGUUUGGAAAAAGGUCAGGAAAUAGACAUGCGUAUUAUGAAUAUUCAUAUAAAGAAAGAAGAUGAUGUAAAAUCAGACCCUAGAGAAAAUGAAAGGGCUGAAAAAGCAAAUCUCAUGAAUGAAGAAAUGAAGAAAGAGGGCGGAAUUAAUCUCUGAUAAGUAGCUCCUUCAAAACUUGCAUGAUAUCUGCACAAGUACAAAAGUCCCUAUUUAAAAAUUAAAUAUAGGUUAUUUGAAAGGAAAAAAAAUAGGAUUUUUCAUUGGAUCGUUAUUGCGCUGUAUACUGAAGCCUCUUCAGAUAGCAGUACCUAUGUGUGCAAUCUGUUUAGGCCUGAGGCUGAAGACAAGUCAUAUAUGGAAUUGUGAAAUAAAAAGUAUGCGUAUAUCAGUGACGAUCGAGGAUCUUCUUCCAUGAUUUUAUGAAUUAAGAGAAAGCAUCGAGAAGAUGAGAUGAAAUUAUGAACGUAUGGAUUUUGUAUAUUACUGUAUUUGUACUUUUGUAUUUAAUGAGAUAAGUAAAGUUGCUUUACAGUACGUAA